AUGAAUUCCUACUUCUGGACAAAGCUUUUGCUGCAUGAUAAUUCAAGCUUGGAUGAGUUUGAUGAUGAGGUACUGAUGAACACAACUUUGCAAGGCGAUCUUCACCCGGCUUUGUUUCCUGUCAAUUGCCAAUAUGCCGAGCAAGUUAUCACGGAGUACCUACGACAUGUGUUGGAAUUUACAUGGGAAGAGCUCAAACAGAAUCUAGAUAUCAAACUAGAUUCUGCUUCCGUUCACCUUCAAUUCACUUUCCCUGCAUCCUGGUCCCAAAAAGCGCGGGCAUUGAUCAGACGGGCGGUGACUAAUGCUUGGGGAUUUAAGAGAGAUCAAGAUACGCUGGGUACAGACUUGUCAGAGUCAGAGGCUGCUUCAAAGUCUGUUUUUGAUUAUCGCCAAAUACAGAGCGACUCGGAAUUCAAGGCCAACAGAGGUGAUGGGAUUCUGAUUUGUGACUGUGGCGGUGGGACCGUGGUACGUCUUCUUUACGUAUACUGA